AUGUCUGAUCCCUCCUCACUGCCCCUCUCCCAGGGUGUCUCCAGUCGUCUAGUCGCGACCACCGAUCUGACCUUUCACAUUCUCGAAGCCGGCGCCACUCCCGAUCGCGAUCGUCCCUUGGUGAUCCUCCUACAUGGCUUCCCAGAGAUCGCCUACUCCUGGCGCCGAGUUCUGCCCAAAUUGGCCGCUGCCGGUUUCUACGCCGUCGCCCCCGACCAGCGCGGCUUCGGUCGGACCACAGGUUGGGAUACCCGCCAGUAUGAGGAUGUCGAUCUGUCCACCUUCUCACUGACCACCCUCGUGCGCGAUAUCGUCCUGUUGGUCAAUGCUUUGGGUUAUCGAUCCGUUCAUUGUGUCGCGGGCCACGACUGCGGCGCUGUCACCGCCUCAACAUGCGCCGUGGUCAGGCCGGAUUUCUUUCGAAGCGUCGUGCUCAUGAGCCAUCCUUUCAAUGGAACUCCUGAACUACCCUUUAAUACUGCUAACAGUUCUAGCAGCGAUGGUCAAAUGGCUGGACAGGCUGCUGGUGCUGGUGCUGAGGGUUCGGCGGCGGCAUCAGGUAUUCAUGAAGCGCUCGCUCAGCAAGGACGCAAGCAUUAUAAAUGGUACUACUCCACACCACAAGCAAGCCCAGAUAUGUCCGAUCUCGCCCCAGAAGAUCUCCAUCGCUUCCUACGAGGCUAUUUUCAUCUCAAAAGCGGCUCCUGGCCUGGCAACAAUCCCCACCCACUGAGCGGUUGGUCUGCCGAUCAAGUCGUCCAAAUGCCCGGGUAUUACAUCAUGCCAGCAGAUGCCACGAUGCCCGAGGCUAUUGAGCGAGACAUGGCAGACGAACCCACCAAGGGCCUAUCCUCGCACUCCUGGCUGCCGGAUGAUGAGCUAGCGGUCUAUGUGGGCGAGUACGCUCGCACCGGUUUCCAGGGAGGACUGAAUUGGUACCGCGUGCGCACUGCUGCCGGCGGCCGCUACACGCGAGAUUAUGAUCUUUUUGCGGGGAAGAAGAUUGAGAUACCGUGUGCCUUUGUCUCUGGAAAACAGGACUGGGGGAUUUAUCAAGAACCCGGGGCGUUGGAUAAGAUGACUAGCGGUGCGGUGUGUUCGGACUUCCGGCUGUGUCGACUGUUGGAUGGUGUUGGCCAUUGGAUACCCCAGGAAAGUCCGCUUGAGGUGGCGCGAGCUAUCAUUGAUCUAGUGCGAGGAUUAAAUUAG